CAAUCGUCUCCGCCCCCAUUUCGAUCGAUCCCCUCCCCGUCCACGUUCGGAGAACGCGAGAGCUCGCUAGGGUUCCCAUCAAUGGCGCUCUACGGUCGCCUCCGAUCCGGUCUCCCCCUCUUCCGCAGGCUCCUCAGGCCCGAAUCCAUUGUCCCCCUCCGCUCCCUCGCCGAUCCCGGCCUCGGAAACCCUAAUCUCCCGAUCUCUGAGGGUUCGAGGAACUUUGCUACCCAGACAAAGCCGACUGAAGUGAAAACUAAGGUUCCAUUAUCACUCUUUGGUGGAUCAGGAAAUUAUGCUUCUGCCUUGUUCCUUGCAGCCUCAAAAGCAAAUAUCUUGGACAAGGUCGAGUCUGAGAUCCUCGAUGUCGUUGAGGCUUCCAAGAGGAGUCCAGUGUUUUCACAAUUCAUAAAGGACUUAUCUGUGCCAAAAGGAACAAGGGUAAAGGCUAUAAAUGAAAUAUUUUCUGAAGCAGGGUUUUCAGAUGUCACCAAAAACUUCCUGGCUGUGUUAGCGGAUAAUGGUAGGCUGAAAUAUAUUGAGCGCAUUGCUAAGAGAUUUGUUGAUUUGACAAUGGCACACAGAGGAGAGGUGAAAGUCAUCGUCACAAGUGUAAUUCCACUUCCCGCAGAAGAGGAAAAAGAGCUUAAGCAAACCUUGCAAGAUAUUCUUGGACAAGGAAAAACUGUGAAGGUUGAACAGAAGAUCGAUCCAAGCAUCCUCGGAGGACUUGUGGUUGAAUUCGGGCAAAAGGUCUUCGACAUGUCGAUAAGGACUAGGGCGAAACAAAUGGAGAAGUUAUUGAGGGAGCCUCUCCAUGUUUGAUAGCUUUUAUCGAACAACAUGUGGGUAUGUAUUUUCCGCCGCAGCUGCAACUCAACUUCUUUUGGUACUGUAAUAAAAUUAUCAAAAAGCAGGGCUCUCUAUCGAGUCGCUGCCUUGCACUAAAGUUAUGCUACCUUCUUUUGAUUGGCAAUCCGAUAAAUUCAAUUUAACCAGAUUUGGGGUUCUAAAUUUGUUAUUUUGAAUGAAAUUUGAUUGGCUUUUACAUUUA